AUGUCUACAAAACAUGGGGAAGCCUCCCAAACAGGGGUGGCCAGAGUGGAGGUGGGGUCAGAAGUCACGGCUGUGAGAAGUAACAGGGUGGUGCUGGAUAAUACCAUCUGCCCGGCUGAAAUCAUCAUCUGCAACGACAAGAUAGCCGACAUUCUGCCCAAGAGGAGCCAGGCUCUUGCCAGCAGAGAGAAGGUGCUGGACAUCAGCGAUCUGGUAGUGAUGCCCGGGAUCAUGGACCCUCAUGUCCACACAUGCGAGCCAGGGCACACGGCCUCAGAGGGUUAGUCUUCUGCAACCAAGGCUGCUGCUGCAGGAGGCGUCACAACCCUGGUGGCUAUGCCACUACGCUGUCUUCCCCUAGCCACAGCUCUGGCAAACUUUGACGACAAGCUGCAGUCUGCUGAAGGGCAGUGCCCUGUGGAUGUAGCCUUCUGGGGUGGAGUCGUCCCUGGAAACCAGGAUGAGCUCCUGUCCAUGCUGCAGGCUGGAGUCCCAGGCUUUAAGUGCUCCCUGACUGAGGGAGUGGAGGAAUUCCCCCAUGUCAGGCUCCAAGAUCUGCACAUGGCAAUGAAUGAGCUGCAAGGCACAGACUGUCCUCUUGGUAAGUGUCACUGCUUAUGCUCAGUGUCCUUGUUCCACUCAGAGCAAGAGCUGGGCCAGUGGAAGCCGGCACUAGAGGACCCCACAGAGUACAGGGCAGUUCUGGACUCCCGCCCCGAUGCAAUGGAAGUGGAGGCUGUCCAGACCAUCGCUGAUCUCUGCCUCCAGUACAAGGUGCCCUGCCACAUCCUCCACCUCUCCUCUGCUCAAGCCCUGCCCAUCAUCAGAGAAGCUCGCCAGAAAGGGGCACCACUCACUAUAGAGACUGCUCACCACUACCUCACCCUGACAUCUGAACACAUUCCACCCAGGGGCACCUACUACAAGUGCUGUCCUCCUAUCAGAGCCAAAACCAACCAGUCACCUGGCAGUGAAUCCCUGACUGUGGCCUCAAUCAAACAUGGUACACGCUUGGGAUGGGCUGUCGUGGGACACAGCGAGGCUUGGGAAGAAGUGGCUAAGGCUCUAGGUGACUAA